AUGACCUCUCCGAAUACAUCCUAUGCCCAGCAGCGCGUAACGGUCCUCCAAAAGCAGCUCUCAUCAUUACAUGCUCAGCUCUCCGCACUGCGCGCCAAUCUCGACACUACAGCCCAAGCGCUAAAGAUUGAACAGUCGAACCAAGACCCCGAAAUUGAGGCUCUGGUCCAUAAAUGGAGACUUGUAACGCGUGAAGCGGCUGAGGAAUUGUUCGCGAGCGCUAGGGAUCGGGUGAAUAGGAUGGGUGGAGUUGGAGUGUGGAGAGAGAAAAUGCGGCAGAGUAAAUUGAGAAAGGCGGAGUGGGAUACAUGCGGAGGUGCGGAUGGGGGAGAGGACGCUGAUGGGUCCGAUGUAGAAAGGGAGAAAGAAGCGAGAAGGCGAGAAAUUGAAGAUGGAAUUGACGCGGGCGGAAGAGGUGAUAGCGACCGGGAGGAACAUGAGAGCGAGAAAGGGGAUGAUGAGACAUUUACUAUGGACAUGAUGCUCAAAAACUUGAACAUCGACUUGAAAAUGAUUGGCUUCGACAAGGAGAAUCAAAGGUGGAUUGAUUAA